AUCCCGACCGCCGCCGCCGCCUCCUGCUCCUCCGUCUCAACAGACCUAAACCCCCGCAGUACCCUCCUCCGCCUCCCUUGGACGCCUGAGCAACCGCCGGGCUCUGCCGCGCACUGGCCGCCGAUACGAUGGUGGGGCUCUCGGAGGGGGAGAAGCACUUCAUCCGCGGGGGCAUCGCGCAGGACCUCCGCGCCGACGGCCGCACGCGGCUGCAGUUCCGACCCGUCAUCGUCGAGACCGGUGUCAUCCCCCAGGCGAACGGCUCGGCGCGCGUUAGACUCGGUGCCACCGAAGUCAUUGCUAGCGUCAAGGCUGAGUUGGGGAAACCAACCGUUCUUCAUCCUGACAAAGGAAAAGUUUCCAUUUAUGUUGAUUGUAGUCCAACCGCUGCACCUAUUUUUGAGGGAAGAGGUUCUGAAGAUUUGUCUGCUGAGCUCUCUGUUGCGCUGCAAAGAUGUUUACUGGGUGGUAAAAGUGGGGCAGGGGCUGCAAUUGAUUUAUCGUCCCUAAUUGUUCUCGAGGGAAAAGCCUGUUGGGAUUUGUACGUCGAUGGACUUGUGGUCAGUUCUGAUGGUAAUUUGGUUGAUGCACUAGCUGCUGCAAUAAAGGUUGCUUUGAGUGAUACAGGUAUACCAAAAGUUAAUGUUUCUCUUAAUGCUGAAACGGAUGGAGAACCUGAGGUUGAUGUCAGUGAUGAAGAAUUUUUGCAAUUUGACACUUCUAGUGUGCCUGUUAUAGUUACAUUGACCAAGGUUGGUAAGCACUACAUUGUGGAUGCCACCUCGGAGGAGGAAUCCCAGAUGAGCUCUGCGCUUUCGGUUUCAGUCAACAGGCGUGGUCAAAUAUGCGGGCUGACCAAGAGGGGAGGCACAGGGUUGGAUCCAACCAUAAUUUUCGACAUGAUAUCUGUGGCCAAGCAUGUAAGCCAGCGGUUCAUCUCUCUCUUGGACUCGGAGAUCGCAGCUGCUGAAGUGGUAGCGGACGAGUGAAAAAGAAGAAGCAGAAAAGAUGUCCUGACCACUACUGACUAACUGCCCUUGCAUUUGCCUCACAAGAUUUUAUUGUCUUUCUACUGCAGAAUACUUUGCACAGGCUUUUGGUUUUGGUAUUUUGUAGUGUCAAGUGCAAAAGUACUAUAUAUAUUGAUUAAUCAAGUGAAAUAUGCCACUUCUGUUGAAGUGGUAAUUGUUCCAAGGUUAGAUUGGAAUUUGGAAUCAUGUAACUCUUGAGUAGUAUCAAAGAGUUGCUACCAAGGCAUGUGAGUUGCCUAGCAUUCAAAUGAUAUACGUAGUAUAUGUGAAACUCUUCUUUACAGAUGCAACUUGUUGUACAUUUAUAUAC